AUUUGGUUGAAAUUUAGGAUUUCCCGACUGGGCGAUGUGCCUUAGCCUGAAUUACUAUUAUUUCCUAAAAUUCUAAAAGUCAUGAGUUGGCUGUACUCUGAUCAAGGCGAUCAUUUCCGUUCUGGUGCAACCUUGGUGACGUGCAUGGUGUGGCAGCACAUAAGCGCUAAUUCAUAAGCCAUAAAAUGAAGUGUCGUAAGGAAGUUAAACGACGCGGUACGCAGAAAGAAAGACUUCCAGUGCGACAGCGAGCAGCUUAUGGUGUCGGUCACAUCCUCAACGAUCUCACAUCGAGCGUCUCGUUCACAUAUCUCGUCAUCUACUUGACAAAGGUAGCGCAACUUUCCAACCGUUACACAGGACUGGUCAUCUUGUUUGGGCAGAUUGCCGAUGCCAUAUCUAACUGGACAACUGGGAUUGUUAGCGAUAGGACAAUAUCUCGGUAUGGCCGAAGAAAGAAGUGGCAUCUUGUUGGAACACUUACCGUUACCGCUUGUUUUCCAUUGCUCUUGAUCCGUGUUCUUGACCCUCAAACAUCUGAAUUGCUCAGGUUUGGGUAUUUCGUAGUUGUUAUAUUUGGAUUUCAGUGUGGUUGGGGAUGUGUACAAGUUAGUCAUCUGUCUUUGAUACCAGAGAUUUCAAACCAGGGGGACGAAAGAAUGGAGUUGAACGUCAUAAGGACUACUCUGACAUUUGUAUGUGGCAUUUACGUCUACUUAGUGACGUGGGUUUUACUUGGUCAAAGCUCUGAGCGGAAGAUUACUCCAAAUGUAUGGAAGGAAUUCAUGUAUUUGUCUUUCAUCAUCUUGAUAACUGGUAAUCUGUGCAACAUCAUCUUUCACGUCAUCAUCAAAGAACCAUCUUCCCCAGGAUUUUUAAAGAAACAACAGGAAAAACAUUCUGCGUCGAAUUUGGAAAAAGAUGAAAACGUGCUGGAAAAUCUUGUCUCCAAUUCCAGGAACGAAGCAGUAGAAGUGCUUGCCAGUGAAGACGAUUCUGUCGACAAAAACACCAAUAAACUGAGUACGAAAACUAAGAUACAAUGGCUGAAGACCCCAGCGUUCCUAAAGACUGCAUCGAUUUAUGUGUGUUCUAGAGUAGUGAUCAGGAUAUCGCAGACCUAUCUUGCCAUCUACCUCACGGAAACACUGGACUUUGACAAGGAAGCGACUGCAUACUUUCCUCUAGUGGUUCUGGUAAGCUGUGCAGUGUCCAGUUUGAGUAUUAAACCUUUGAGUGCAAGGCUUGGGCACAAGAUAUCAUUUUUGAUUGGCACAUGCUGUAGCCUUGGCGCAAGUGCAUGGUUCUUUAUACAAACUGUGGAAAGCCGUAAUGCUGUUUAUGCGGCGACGGUUCUCAUAGGCAGCGGUAGCUCCAUGAUGCUAGUCACGUCUUUGUCUAUGAUCGCCGAUCUUAUUGGCGAUGACAAGUCAUCAGGUGCUUUUGUUUACGGUGUGUGCGCCCUCACUUAUAAGCUGACCAGCGGUGUUGUCAUAGCAAUUAUACAAGAACUGAAUCCACAAGAACACAGCGUGAAGGAAUGCGGCCUGGAAUGCGGCCAAUAUGUUCGACUGGUUUACAGUAUUGUACCUGGAACAUCAGCGAUGAUCGCAUUGAUCAUAAUGACUCUUUGUUUUAAGUCCCAGCUUGAUUGUAAAAUGAGAGCGAUAGUCCUUGAUGUUGAAGUACAAGCAGAUUUGGAUAAAGAAUUGCCAUGGGUGAAACGGUCCAGCCAAGAGAAUCUCAAAACAAGAAAUUCCGUAAGCAUGGAACAAAAGAAUGAAAGUGAUCCUGAUACCGUUCAAACUAGUGGGUACCAUAGCAACAGAAUGACGCAAUCGAUUGAAACUAGUGUUUAAUCAUCAACCAGCCGGCUUGGACCAGAUUGAUGAUCGCUGACCAGAAGAUGUGAGGGCGCAUGCUAAACCAUCAUAUCUUCCAAAUUUCUCUAUGUCAGUUUUCAUUUAAAACCAUUGGAAUUAGCAAAUUUCCGAUGGUAUCUUGUGUUAUGUUCUCUUAUUUACAACGAUAUGACGUCAACAGUUGGUCAUAAUGUGGCACUAGCAGUAGCCACUGUUUGGGGCUCUGAUGGGCCGGCUUGGACAGAGUGCGAGGGUUUCUAUAUAUAUAUAUAUUUCUAUAUUUUAUGUUUGGAAAUUCAUUGUAAAGCGUUAUAGAGUGAAAUAUAUAACGCUAUAGA